CGUGCGUAUAAUCUCGAGGGAGAAAGAAUCAGGCAAGUUGGUGAGCGGCUGAGCCGCACGACUGGAUGUUGAAUUCUUAACAACAGACAGAUUACAAACCGCUCGGCAUCAUCGCGCAUGCGUGCGAAUUGCGACCACUUUUGGCGGGAAAUUAUACGAACGCGCAUUUUUUUUUUUUUUUGCUAUUCGACCAAAUAGUAUUGAAAAACAAAUUAAGUACCACUUUAGAGGUAACUUAUAUUCCCAAUAGUGUUUUAAGUGAUGAUAUAAAUAUCGGAACAGAAUAGUUUGCUUCCAAUACAAUGAAAUCGACAAGCAAAACACUCAAGAGUCUAUGCAGUUUAGUACUGUAUACUGUACACAUAUCAACACAAGUGCUGGCCGGAACGCAGUUCUCUUCGCACGUGACAGUGAACACCCCUACUCGCAGUUUUAGUCAUGGAGUAGGUGACCCUUUGUCCAUAAAUGAAAAAAGAAACAACCAAUACCAAUCUAAGAAAUCGUUCAGUAGAAACCUCCGCAGUGGCUGGCAAUCAUCGUUGCCACAAAUGCAAGGAAGAGGUUAUUCAAGAGAGCGGCCAACAAUACCUUUCACUGAGGAAGAAGUACCACGGGCUACCAUUAACCAAAUACCAUGGCAAUACAAUUCCUUUAUGGAGGUUUCUAUACCAGUGCUGCCCCCAUCGCCUUACAAAGUAGAUUCACCUGACCCAGAAUCUCUAUGGCCUGAAGGUUUAUACCUUCCACCCAUUAGCCCUCCUCGUUUCGGAACAAACUUCGGGAGACGCACCGACACCGGUGAGGUAACGUCAGAACCGGAACCACUGGACCCGUACCUACUAGAGGGCACGGAUGCAAUCGCUGCAGUGGAGAAAGCAUACCUUCACGGACACCUAUACUUCCAUGAUAUCCCCCACAUCGAAUCUUUACUCGCCAAUCAACAGUUGAGGAUCAACAAUAAACUACAACCCCAUCGGCUCGGUAGCAUACGUCAUACUUGGCCAUUUAAUCGACCGUAGCGCAUAAAAUAAAACAAAUGUUACAAAAGUAUAACAUUAUAUUUGUAUAAAGUUGUAAAAAAUACUCAUUACAUUAAAAUCUAUUUAAAGUCAUAAUAUUACGUUAUUAAAUUUCGAUAAUAAAAAUUUCGCAACACAUUUAAAUCUUUUCAUUAAACAAAAUUACAUUCAAUAUUAUAUUUGUAGAAAAAUCUAUGAUGUAUCGAAUAUCAAAUUAUAACGUAAUAUAGUCUUGUUCCACAAAAAGACAUCGACUUUAAUUAUGACAAAAUUAGGGAUUUACUUCCAUGUAAUAUCUCUUUCAAUUACACGCUUUCAUCAAACUUUAACAGAUACACGCAACCAACUGCAUUAUUAUGCAAGAGAAAUAAUCAAUCGUAAUAAAAUUUAGUGUAACAUAUUAAGAAUCUCUUCCUUUUUAGUAGCAAAUC